UUCCUCGUGCCCGUCCCCUCAGGCGCUCUUGCUGGUUCUGGAAGCCGGAGCAUCGGCGCUGUCGCUCAGGUCUGUCCAUUCCCCUCCAAAGCCCUAAAGCUAGGCUUCCUGUGCUAACCCGAAUCAAGCAAGCCCCGUCAACCUCCCCCGCCGUCGUCUUCUUCUCUGUUGCUCUCCUCUCCACCGGGUCCCCAUCUCCUCCCUUCACCGCCCCAGAACUCCUCACUCGGGCGCUGCCGCUGCGAGGUCUCCGUGGCAUCGGGCCUUCGUCAUUACGCAGCAGACGAAGCAGUGGGAAACUUGGAACUGCAUGCACCCAAGGCAAAACGUCGGUCAUAUAUCCCAACGAAAAAUGGAACAGCCAUGAUGCUUCCGCUCCAUAUUCAUUACGAAGAUGUACUACGUCAGGAUCUGUUGCUCAAACAGAAUCAUGCCAAUAUCAUGCAAGUUCCAGGGUUGUUUGAGGUCAAAUUAGCACCAAAAGCUGGCUCUGAUCUCAAGAUCCCAAUUGGGAAAAUGGCCAUGGAGGUUUUGAGUGGUCAGAGAUUCAAAGAGGCAAAAAUUGACCCUUUCGCCAAAGCAAGAAAGUCUUCUCGAACCAAUCCAUUUAUUGGGGCCGACAAGGACGGUAGCACUGUCUUCGCGCAACCAACCGUUCUUCGAGGGCAUGCAAUGUACAACUUUUUGGUGAGGAUGCUGACAGUGAUGUCCAUGUUAAAUUCUCGGGCCGACAUUCGGGAGAACACUGUGAAGUUCUUCAUGGAAACGGAGUUCUGUGAGUUCUCUCCAGAAUUGGAAGACCAUUUCGAGAUAUUUGAGCACAUCCGAGGUUUCAAUGUGACUAUCGUUACUUCAGCCAAUACAAAAGAUGAGACCUCACUACUGUGGAGUGGCUUCAUGCUUAAUGACGAGGGAGAGACCAAGUAAGGUAGAACUGUUGAUCUUUGUUUCUGCUUAAUCUCCCUGAUAUUGUAGUUGCUGCCCAACUGAACCUUCAGUUGGCUGUUGAUGUCAAAAAUGAUUUUGGAAAUUUGGUGCUUCGUGCUCUAGGAGUGCGCAAUGUCGCAGCCUUCUGUUUUGUAGACUGAAUGAGAUAACGUGAUUGUUUUUCAUCUUGACGCGUGGAGCUCAUGUUUGAUAACUACGUCUAGUUCCAUGUAUGAACAUAAUAAUCUUGGUCUAAUAAGCAUUGUUUUGCU